CAAGAAAAGGGGUCGGUAAAUCCUAGAUCUGGAUCCGCAGGGGUGGACGCCCUGCAUCUCAUAUCUCAUACACCAAAAAUACGCUUAAAUUUAUUUUUGAGAUCCCGCCGAGAUUGGCGAGGUAACCUUUUUGGAGAGGGGGAACGCUUUCGCUUACCAUGGCCACAGAAGAUGCUUUCGCCUACGCGCUGAGCUCUAACCAAGCCUGGGCCGGCUACAAAGGUCAUCAGAACCCCGACUUCUUCCCCAAAUUGGCAUCGGGACAGUCGCCAGCAAUCCUUUGGUUAGGUUGCUCUGACUCGCGCUGUCCCGAGACCACGAUUCUAGGCUUGCAACCAGGCGAUGUCUUUGUGCAUCGUAACAUUGCUAAUAUUAUUUCGCCGACCGACAUCAAUACUUCAGCUGUUAUCGAGUAUGCGGUCGUGCACCUGAAAGUGAAGCACGUGGUGCUGUGCGGGCACUCGUGCUGCGGCGGCGCUGCAGCUGCGCUUAGCGACAACCGCGUCGGCGGCGUGCUGGACACAUGGUUGGUGCCUCUUAAGACUGUGCGUAAUGCACACAAGGAGGAGUUGGAGAACAUCACCGACGACAAGAAGCGCACAGUGCGCAUCGCGGAACUCAAUGUCGAGGCCGGCGUUAACGUCCUCAUGGCCAACCCGUCGAUUCAGGACGCCAUCGCCGAAAGAGGAUUACAAAUUCACGGCACCUUCUUCGACAUCGGAACGGGCCGCAUCCGUGACCUAGGCAUCGGCACGGGCAAGGGAGGACGUUACGGGCUAAAUGGUAUUAAUGGCGACUCGGGCAUUGUUAGGGGAAAACAUGCUAUGUUAGUUUUCAGGAACGAUGGCGUUAGCAGCAUGCAAGCCAUCUAAACCGAACAUGCGGGAAAGUAUUCAGUGGUUAGGUUUCGAAUCAGGGGCGUUUAUGAACUUGGGAAUACCUAUGCAUCCCAUCUUGUUUCGGUAUAAAAAUUUG